AUGAGAGGAGAGACAGGAGAGAGAGGAGAGGAGGAAGAGAGAGGAGAGGACAGAGAGGAGAGGAAUGUCGGGCUGCUUUCUUACUAACUGCAUAAAAGUUUAUGAUUAUUUUGUCACAAACCAACUCUCUCUCCAUAUCUCUCUUUCCCCCUUCCCUCAUUCUCUGUCCUCUUCUAGUUUGGGAGAACAGAGGUGAUUGACAACACUCUAAACCCAGACUUUGUCAGGAAGUACAUCCUGGACUACUUCUUUGAGGAGAAGCAGAAUCUACGCUUUGACGUGUGAGUAGUUAUUCUCUUGAUUAUGGUCCUCGAGGGAAUCAAAAGGCAUAGGCAGACAGGUAGGGAGGGUGUGUUAGUUUUACAUGUGAUGUGCCCAACCAACCCUUCCUUUCCAUCCUCCUAUCUUUCUAUUGAUAUAUCUAUAUAUCCUCUCUAUUAGUUUCCUUAAUCUCUCCCCGCCAUUUGCUCCGAUACUCUAUCCUUCUCUCUUUCCCUUAUAGCACUACUUGCUACCUUCGAAUUCACCAACCGCAUCCAUAUCUCUCCUGUGGUGUAAAUAAAAUCAUUAAUCAGUAUUCUGCCCUGUCUUGAUUGUCAUGUGUUGUUGAGAUUAGGAGGAAGUGAGACAGGUAUAAAAGAAUGAUCAGUGGAUUUUUAGACUUUCACUCUGCACACCACUGUCUGGUAAGAUCCCAGCAGAGUAAAUAAAAGCGAAUUACCAGUGCCUACAUGAAUCCUCUAUCAUCCUCAGAAGAAGAAGAGAAGCUGAAGAAGAAGAAGAAAGAAGAAGAGAGACUAAAGAAUGAAAAGAAGAAAGUAAACAAAGAGAAAGAAAGAAGAAGAAGAAGAAGAAGAAAGGAAGAAAGGAAGAAGGAAGAAGCAAGAUGCAAAGAAGAAGAAAAGCAGCAAGAAGAAAGAAGAAGAAAGAAGAAGGAAGAAGGGAAGAAGAAGAAAAGAUAGGAAGAAGAAGAAAAGAAAGAAGAAAAGGAAGUUUUUUCCACCUCCCUCUCCUCCAUGUCCCUCCUCCUCCUCCUCUCACUCAUCCCUAAACUCCAGCAGCCUCCUCCCUCCUCAUCUCCUCCAUCCUCCCUCUCCUCUCCCUCCUCCUCCUCCCUCCCCUCCUUCCACCGUCUCCUCCCUCAUCAUCCCUGCCCUCUCCCUCCUCCUCCUACCCCUACUCCUCCUCUUCUGGAACAGCCCCUCUCGUCGUCUUGGAAUAGGCUCAAUUCAGAGUGCAGCAGAGGUGACACUUUUAUUAAGAGGCUUUGAGAACGGAGACAGAAUCAUUUCCUUACUCCCUUAACUCCCUCUGUCUACCCUCAGCGCACCUCAACAAGGGGAAAGAUAUGUAUAAGAACAUAAACAUAGUUAUGUUAACCUAUCUUUUGCUUUUAACCGUGUAGAGACAAAGGUCCUAAUGGACGUCAGUAGCUAGCUACAUAUCCACCGCCACAGACUCCCUCUGUACAUAUCCAGCCUCUGUAGCUCUGUAAUAGUAAGCUGUAUCCUGUUCAUUCAGCUCUGUAGCCUCUGUCAUCAGUUUCUGUAGGCUUGUCAUCAGUCUUUCUGUUAUCUCGUCAUCAGUCAUCUGUCGCUCUGUCAUCAGUCCUCUGUAGUCUGGUCACAGUCUCUGUAUCUCUGUCAUCAGUUUCAUCUGUUAUCUCUGUCAUCAGUCUUCUGUAGCUCUGUCAUCAGUCUUCUGUAGCUCUGUAUUUAGUCCUCUGUAGCUCUGUAUUUAGUCCUUUGUAGCUCUGUCAUCAGUCCUCUGUAGUCUGUACAUAAGUGCUUCUGUAGCUCUGUCAUUCAAGUCUUCGUUGAGCUCUGGUCAUCAGUGCCUCGUAGCUCUGUCAUCAGUCUCUGUAGCUAUGUCAAUCAGUAUACUGUAGCUCUGUAUGUCGUCCUCUGUAGCUCUGUAUUAGUCCUGGCUAGCUUGUCAUCAGUCCUCUGUAGCUCUGUCAUCAGUCUUAUGUAGCUAUGUCAUCAGUCUUCUGUUAGCUCUGUAAUAAGUCAUCUGUAGCUGUCAUCAGUCUUCUGUUUAGCUCUGUCAUCAGUCCUCGUAGCUCUGUCAAAGUCUUCUGUAGCUAUGUCAUCAGUCUUCUGUAGCUCUGUCAUCAGUCCUCUGUAGCUCUGUCAUCAGUCUUCUGUAGCUCUGUCAUCAGUCCUCUGUAGCUCUGUCAUCAGUAUUCUGUAGCUCUGUCAUCCGUCUUCUGUAGCUCUGUCAUCAGUCUUCUGUAGCUUUGUCAUCAGUCCUCUGUAGCUCUGUCAUCAGUCUUCUGUAGCUUUGUCAUCAGUCCUCUGUAGCUCUGUCAUCAGUCCUCUGUAGCUCUGUCAUCAGUCCUCUGUAUCUCUGUCAUCAGUCUUCUGUAGCUCUGUCAUCAGUCUUCUGUAGCUCUGUCAUCAGUCUUCUGUAGCUCUGUCAUCAGUCUUCUGUAGCUUUGUCAUCAUUCCUCUGUAGCUCUGUAGUUAGUCCUCAGUAUCUUUGUAAUUAGUCCUACUGUAUGUAGCUCUGUAAUUAUUCCUCUGCUGAACGUCUCAGAGGAUAUACUGUGACUAAAUAAUUCAUUUGGGUCCUUUACGUAUACAGUACCUCCUCAGGAAUGGGGGGGAUGAGGAGGGGUGGACUUUUAGCCAAAGUUUAUCACCGGCAGCAGCUGCUAAGAUUUUUUUUUAAACGUUAUUGUUUUAAAGUGAAUGGGUGAGUGACAGCAGCCUAGUCUUGGACAAUAGUGAAAGGAAAAUAGACUUAAUUCAUGAAGUGUAUAAGGAUUAAGUGAAAAAAAAUGGUUUUACCUGUUAAAAACAUUUUCAUUUCAAUUUCAAUUUAAUAUAAAUUGACUUUUGGGUGGUCUUUCUGUCUGUCCAAUUGUCAUUGUAUCAGGAAUGAUAUCAAGCCACUUUGGUUCUAUUUGUUAAUGUUCAAACGCCAGUCAGUUAAGCCACAAAUAGUUUUCUCUCCGGCUCCUGUCAGCUCUUGCCACUUUAAUGUGUGUUUCUUUCUGAUUUCAGAUAUGAUAUCGAUUCCAAAAGUCCAGAUCUGGCAAAGCAUGUAAGUGAAAAAGUUAUCACUCUGUGCUCAUGCCUUCUAGUUGCUUGAUUUUUACUUUGCCAUCUAUCCUCUAUGAAUGGAAACUUUUGUUUUUAAAAUGGGAACUUUUAUUUCGAAAUGCAUCCCAUUCCUUAUUUUUGUUUUAUGCUAAUCAAAAUCCAUGUCAUCCUAAAGCACACAUAUACUGUUUGAUGGAAAUAGUGAAUAAUAGUGCCUUAUUUCCCAAAGUUUCACGAUGUGGCCUUGCUGUCUGUCCAUGCACCUUUUCAUUUGUAUAAUAAAGAUGACAUAUUACUUUAAGUAUUGAUAUUGAGUAGCUUUCAUAAAAAUACAUAGAUUUGGUUCAUACUCAUGACUUAAUGAAGCAUUGUGAUUUGUCCACACCAUUAUCAAAGCUUGUCAAACCCAUUUCCCUAACUUCUAGGCAUGAUGUAUUGCACUCCAAUGUUAUUAGCAAUGGACUCACAAGUAAUGAUGAUGAGUGAAUGCACAAUGAGAAUAUAUCUGCAGCCAAUAGUUUGCAAAAUACCAGAAUAUUCAUCAUUAUUUCCACAUUUGUCAUGACUAUAUUUUAUCAUUUCGUGCUCCCUUUUGUACUACUUGCUCUCCUCUCACACAACACACAAAAAAAUGUUUCGCUCUCUAUCUCUUUAUUUCUCUACCACCCUCUUCUUCCCUCUCUCCUGUUUUCUCUUGCCCUUGUUUUGAUAACGGUGUUGUGUGGUUUGAGUCUUGUGCCUUCUGUUACAUGAUAUGCUCUGUUAUUGUUGUUGUCUAUGCUGCUGCCUGGUGUACCCCUCCUCCUCCUCUUCCUCCUCCUCCUCCUCCUCUUCCUCCUUCUCCCUGGAAGCCCUCCGACAUUGACGUACGUGUUUGACUCCUCUGACAAACUUUAUGCUCAUAACAAUGCUUAUAAUAAAGCUUAUAACACACUGUUUAACUCCGUCCUAACCACACCAUCUGUCCUUGUUACCCCAUCUCCCCCAUCUCUCCCCCGUCUCCCCCGAACCCCCACUAUCCUUCCUCUCCCUCCUUUCUCACCUGUCUCUCCCUGCUCCCCUGUUUCCCCGUUAACACCCCCUUCUCCGUCACGCCUCCCUCCUCCGUCUCUCCCGCAACCCCUGUCCCCCCCAGCAGGACUUCUUGGGGCAGGUGUUCUGUACUCUGGGAGAGAUCGUAGGAUCCCCCGCCAGUCGACUGGAGAAACCCCUGGGGUGA